AUGGGGCAAGUCUCACUCGGGCCAUCGUGGCUACAGCCCUGGCGUGCACGUUGGCAUGCAUGGCUUGAGCGGUCUAAGCCUGUAGCAACGCACAAGCUAACGGAGCUAAGUCAUAAAUGGAACGAUUACUCAGGCUACGCGGAAAUCAAUCUGCUAAAACAGCAAGUGCAAAAUCAUACGCAUCGAUUGAAAGAUUUGCAGACAGCUAAGGACGAGGCCAAGUCCGUAUAUAUCCAAGCCGUGUCGGAGCGAUCUAUGGCGCAGCGCAAGACGAAUGAUCUGUUGUCGCGCAAGUCUACAUGGAAUGAUACAGAUUUGCUCGAAUAUACCAAGCUUUUGCACUCGGAACACAGUUAUGCCAAGGCGGAAGAGAGCAGCCAGCAUCAAUACGAGGCCGCCGAAGCGGAAAUGCAGCGUGGAUUUGAUGACUUGAUGCGGAGCGUUAUGCGCCGAUACCAUGAGGAGCAUCUAUGGAGUGAUCGUGUGCGGAGCAUGAGCACGUAUGCCAGUAUCGGGCUUGGCGCUUUGAACGUGCUCAUUUUUAUCCUUGCGCUGUUUCUUGUCGAGCCUUACAAGCGCCGCAAACUUGCGCAGACGCUGGAGACGCGACUGAUUGAAGGUGAGGAGCGUGCUCGUGAGCGUAUGCACCAAACUGUGGUUUCGGUCGACGAACGGUUGUCGCAUUUGGAGGAAGCUCUGCUCGGUUCGCCAGAGCCGCAUGAAACGCGGAAGCGCGUCGUGACUCGCUCGCUCGCAUUGCCUUCGUCCCUGCGUUGGGUGUCUCAUAUAUGGCAGUACCUCCAGGCAUGGCACUCGUAUGCUGCAUCGCUAUGGGAGCACAUCAAUCCCAUCCCUGCGAACCAAGGCACCUCCGUGGCCGCCACUGCUACGGGCGUUGUCGUAGGCAGUAUGGUGUCCUACUGGCUAGCGCUUCUUUGUUUGUAG